GCACUCACCGCUGUGCAGCUAUUCGCCCAGCUUAAUCUUGGCAUAUGUAUUCAUCUCUGCCCUGUUAGCCUGUAUUUGCCUGGAUCCAAUGAGUUGCAAUGCUCAACAGACCGAUGACAUGCAAACGACUGAUAUGAUGCCCACGGGUAAUGACCACACGAUGACAACAUCGAUGAUGAUGGAUGACAACGACCACAUGAUGGCGACAGACAUGAUGGCCACCGAUGAGCAACACAUGAUGUCGACAUCGAAAAUGAUGAGCGACAACGAUAGGAUGAUGACGACAAUGACGACGGCAACCGAUGAUCAACACAUGAUGUCGACAUCGAAAAUGAUGAGCGACGACGAUACGAUGAGGACGACAAUGACGAUGACAACCGAUGAUCAACACAUGAUGUCGACAUCGCAAAUGAUGAACGAAGACGAUAAGAUGAUGACGACAAUGACGAUGACAACCGAUGAUCAACACAUGAUGUCGACAUCGCAAAUGAUGAGCGACGACGAUACGAUGAGGACGACAAUGACGAUGACAACCGAUGAUCAUCACAUGAUGUCGACAUCGGAAAUGAUGAGCGACAACGAUAAGAUGAUGACGACAAUGACGAUGACAACCGAUGAUCAUCACAUGAUGUCGACAUCGAAAAUGAUGAGCGACGACGAUAAGAUGAUGACGACAAUGACGAUGACAACCGAUGAUCAUCACAUGAUGUCGACAUCGAAAAUGAUGAGCGACGAUAAUCCAAUGAUGACAACGAUGAUGACGGCAGCCGAGACGACCACGAACGAUGACCACAUUACGUCCGAAAAGACUUCCAUGGAUGGACAUCACAUGAUGACGACGGAUAUGAAUACGAUGAUGCAUAACAUGACGACAGACAUGGGAUUAGAAAAUACAUCGCAAACGGAUAUGAAGCCAACGAUGACACCAACGAUGAACAUGAAUAUGACAACAGGGAUGAUGUCCGAGGCUCCUAAAGAACACAUGAACGAUAGUAUGACGACUAUGAUGAACACAAGUGGUAUGAUCCAUCGCACCACACAACCACAACCAACUAUGGCGUCAUCAGACAUGAUGUAUACUCCCACAAUGCACCAUUCAUCAUCAGUGAUGGCGCUCUCCUGUUUCUCGUGUCAGGCCACAUUGAAGACGUCUGAUUGUUAUGGCAUACAGAAUGACUCAUCGCCCGUUGCUACCUGCGCACCUAAUGAGAUAUGUGGGACUGUAAUGUAUGACCAAGGGUCUGGAACUGACCUCGUUAAUGUCUCACGGGUCUGUUUCGCUGAAGAUUGUCCCAACACCGAGGUCGAUGACAUUGCUUGUGAGAUGUCUAACGCGCCACAUCGCCGCUGUGUCCAGUGCUGCUCGGAACAUAGGUGUAACAUGCACGUCAACAGCAAGGCAGUGACAUCAUUCACUCAAUCAAAAAUGGCGUCGCUUCAAGGUGGCCUUGUGUUUCUUGUCUUCGUUUUAAUGACUGGAUAUUUAAGAUGUUGAAAUAUCUAAAUACGAUGAGAAAGAAAAAUUAGCCUUUACCACAAUAUAAUACUGUCGAAAAUUUUCCCUGAUAGGUCUACAUAUUUCCAAUGAUUGAGUUUGUGUCUUUGGUAUGCAUCACGUGAAUAAGGGUUAGUACAGACUUUUAAGUUUCAGGAAGACUUAAUUAAAUCACUGUAAAGUCUUUAAAAAAAUAACCAUAACAAACCAGAAAAACGAGCAAAUAUUCAAACAGAUGUGUAUAUUAAAGGUUAGUCAAUCUGAUUAUUUGUGAUUUAUUUAGACAUGGGCACCGUUCUAAGUAAAAACUAUUUUCUCCAUUGAUGAUUCAAGUAAAAUAUUUUGAAUUAUAAGAAAGUAAUGAUUAGUCAUUUCAGCUAAACCUAAAGACAUACAAAUAUUUGUGUAUCAUGUUGCCUCAUAAGAAAGAAGAAUAAUAUUAGGAUGCCUUAGCAAACAUUUUUAUAAAGUUUCUAUUCUUGUAUAAAUGAGGAGUCAAUGUGCAAUUUAUAAAUACAAGGUUAUACAUGUAAAGAUUUGUAAUAUAAUAAAUGGUGGCCAUUGUGUAUAUGAGACUAUCAGACGAUACAUUGGGCCCUCUGUCAACAAAAACAUGUUUUCAAUAACAAGUGUCACAUUUCUAUGACAGGCUUGCUAUUAGCCAAUCAAAGGCAACCAUUUCAGGAGCUUAUAAGAAUUAUUUCAAGUUGUUAUUGAUAACAGGUUUCAUGAAACAGGGCCCUAAUGAUCCUGCUGAUGUCAGAUCAUAUGGGCAGAUGGUCAAUUAGUUCUAAUUUCUGUUUUGUUUCGUAGUUAAAGUUAUAACUGUUAU